AUGCAGGGGAAAGGCCUUGAACACACAAGAUUCAAGGACAUGCCUGGAGACUGCUUCCAUACAUCUAACGCAGGACGUAAUGGCCAUACGCUAGUAGGUAUACACAUCCUGGAAAACAGCAUGCAGGGGAAAGGCCUUGAACACGCAAGAUUCAAGGACAUGCCUGGAGACUGCUUCCAUACAUCUAACGCAGGACGUAAUGGCCAUACGCUAGUAGGGAUGCACAACACAUCCUGGAUACUAGCAUGCAGGGGAAAGGCCUUGAACACGCAUGAUUCAAGGACAUGCCUGGAGACUAGCACCAAGCAUCUAACGCAGGACAUGUUUGAGUCGAUUGCGAAUGAAUACCUUCAACAUACAGCAUGCAAGAAUUGGUCGGUCAUUUCCAUAUUGGAAUAUAUCAAAUCAAAAUCUGAUUUAUCCGCUGAUAUGUUCGGAACUCUGAAAGCAGAUAUAUAUUCAGUGCUACGAAAUUUCAGCGACCAUCACAACAUUCGCCUUCAUCAAAAUGCAAAAAAAAAAGCAAUAAAAUUGUUAUCAAACUUUAAUGAUUCAUGGUCCUCGACUAAAGUGAGGCUUUUUAUUGAAGGAUUAAAACUAAAUGACAAAGAAGCAGAAUACCGAACAACAAUGCGUCGCAAAAUAGCGUCGUCGAACGCGUUACAAGCACUAGAGGAACAUCGCAUGACAAGGAUAUUAAUCGAAGAUAUACACAACGCGGAGGCUUCCCUCCUAGAAAAUGUCAGAAAUGCGCCCAGCGAGUCUUCUAAGAAUGUUUCGGAAACCAUACAACCGUCAAGACACAGCAGUGAUCUUAAUGUACAAGCUAACAAUCAAGAAGUGGAUGUUGCAGAAAUCGAUAGCAUUAUUGUAAAAAGGUCGAGAAAGAAGCUCCAUAAAGAUAAAAUCGACAAAGAUGUGCACGAAUUGCUACGUAGUAAUCCUGGUCAAAUACGAUCCUUAAAUGAUUUAGAACAAUGGAAGGCUAAGUUUUCCGAUUCAAAAUCUAUAGACGCAAACUUAACUUUUAAAAUAAUGGAAUUUUUCAAUCAAUGUUUACGAAGGGAAAUCAAUAUUCUUGUCAUGCAAAAUCGUGAACGGGAUUUUAUUGUUAAGAUUCUUGCCCCGAUAAUUGGUACUCUUCUAGAGGAAUUCGAUAUCGGUACUUUUGAGCUCAACUGGAUCGAGAGGGAGUCUCGUAGUGUCACGAAUCGAAAACGAAAAGAUGUACAUGAGGAAUACAUGACGCUUACAUCUGAAAUAAAAAAAAUGGACCUAAUCAUCUCGUCACGAAGUCACAAAAUUGAACUCCUACCACUUGAAGUAGGAAAUACUGAAGGUCCAAUUGAUGAUACUAAAUAUAGAAAAGACCAUUCAAACCUAAAGGUAGUGAUGAAAGAUUUUUUGGAUUCGUUGUGGAGCAAAUUACACUUCAAGAAGGUACAAGAUGGACUAUUUAUUCCCUUUCCUACGAUAAUUCGCAGAACUUCUAUUUUUUUGUUGAGAUGGCGACACUUAUACUGCCUACAACAUUCUCAGACAUGGAAGACCUUUUGCCAGAUUUUCUAG